AUGGCAAAGUGUGUUGUGUCGGGGUUCCGAAAUUCCAAAACUCUCUCGCUCUCUCUCUCUCUCUCUCUGUCCACAAUUAUACAUUGUUGUUCAUGCCUUGGUGUUUACCCCUGUCCAGAACUUAAUGAAUGCGAAAAACUGAAUUUUACAUGCAGCAGUGAUGCUCACUGUACUAAUCAGACUGGGACAUUCUCAUGUGUUUGCAAGCCUGGAUUUACUGGAGAUGGAUUUUCCUGUACAGAACUUAAUGAAUGCGAAAAACUGAAUUUUACAUGCAGCAGUGAUGCUCACUGUACUAAUCAGACUGGGACAUUCUCAUGUGUUUGCAAGCCUGGAUUUACUGGACAUGGAUUUUCCUGUACAGAUAUUGAUGAAUGCGCUGGGCCCACGAGCGGCAACUGCAGUCUGACAUCAACGUCAUGCUCCAACACUCCCGGCUCCUUCGCGUGCUGUAGUCCUGGCUACCAACCAUUCCAAUCAGCUUGCGCCAGAGAGUACGGAGGCAAUCUUCUCAUACUUGAUCCAGUCAAUUAUCCGGCAAUGAGUUUUUCCAGGGCCGCUUCAUUAUGUUCUCAGCUAGGGUUAGCGAUACCAAGUAGAACGAAGGAAAAAGAUAUGAUUGUCCAGGCAGCCAAGAAUUCGAAUAUCAGUGACUUUGUGUGGUUCCGGAUGUUUGCCGAGCCAUUCGGGCUGAGACGGGUAUUCCUUGACCAAGGUACUGCGUCCCGCGAAGAUUUGCAUAAUGUUGCCUGUGCAAGUGAUUUAACCAUGUUCGAAUAG